CGGCGCAGCUGUUGCCCGGAAAAUGGCGGGGACGGCGCUCAAGAGGCUGAUGGCCGAGUACAAACUUGUGGACCUUGACUUCGGACGUCGCCUUCUGCCUUUCCCCGUCUGUGAAGAUGGUGCUUAGCCAGGUACCUGACAGCUGGCUGUCCGCAGCGUGAGCUGUUCCUGUUGUCGUUACACUGAGGACACUUUCCGAAGAAACUUGAACAUAAACUAAAAUAACGAAUGUCGCAAAGCUAACUGAAUUAACACUGAAUCCUCCGGAAGGAAUUGUGGCAGGCCCCAUGAAUGAAGAGAAUUUUUUUGAAUGGGAGGCAUUGAUCAUGGGCCCAGAAGACACGUGUUUUGAGUUUGGGGUUUUUCCUGCCAUCCUGAGUUUCCCACUUGAUUACCCGUUAAGUCCUCCAAAGAUGAGAUUUACCUGUGAGAUGUUUCAUCCCAACAUCUACCCUGACGGCAGAGUCUGCAUCUCCAUCCUGCACGCUCCCGGCGACGACCCCAUGGGCUACGAGAGCAGCGCCGAGCGGUGGAGCCCUGUGCAGAGCGUGGAGAAGAUCCUCCUGUCGGUGGUGAGCAUGCUGGCAGAGCCCAACGAUGAAAGCGGGGCCAACGUGGAUGCCUCCAAAAUGUGGCGGGAUGACCGGGAACAGUUCUACAAGAUCGCCAAGCAGAUCGUGCAGAAGUCGCUGGGGCUCUGAGCCCGGCCCACACGUGUGCACGGCCGUGUGCCCGCGCAUGCGUGCAGGCACACCACCGAGCAGUUUUUGGAGUUUCUCCUCCGAAACACUUAGUGACAGUGACACUCUGUGCUGGUACCAAAAAAGGCACGCUUGCAGAACCACAGCAUCUAGUUCUUUUCUACCUUUCCCACCCCAGACCGCCUUCUCUUCUGCAGUGAUGGUUUCUGUAGGACGAUGACAGCGGGGUGCAGUUGAGGGGCCCAUGUGGCCUCGUGCUUGCCGAGGUGGCCCAGGGACACGAUGAGAGCCGUCACCACUACCUCUCCAGCGGACGUGCCUGCGGACCCAGCACUUGGUGCGGAGCGGGGAGGGGCGUACGCGCCGGCCCCCAGCGACUAGAGCCAGUGACGCCGCUUCCGAAGACACGGGGCCUUGCAGACCAGGAGGAGGGCAGCGGCCGGCUGUCUCUGGGGGCCCCUCCUGGUUCCCUUGUCCCCCGUGAGGAGGACAUGACUUUGUUUCAGUACUUUGUUUUACAAGCAGAUUUUUUUUCUUGCAAUCUAGUUACAUUUUUCAUUUGUUGUAUGUUACAAAUAAUCACAUUUAGAAAUACUUUCAGGAAAUAAAUCCUUUUUAAAAAUGUGGACUAAUGAAAAAUGGGGCGCAUAGAGAAGAAGUUUCCUCCUGGCCGUGAAGACCGGCGU